AUGAAGGUGGUGAUUCAGAGAGUCAAAGAAGCAUCAGUGACGGUUGAAAAUGAAGUCAUAUCCCAAAUAAAACGGGGACUUUUACUUUUCGUGGGCAUUUGCAAUGAAGAUACCGAGGAAGAUGUCAGUAAGCUGGCCAAUAAGGUGCUGAGGCUACGGGUGUUUGAAGACAGCAAAGAAGAUGCGGGAACAAAUACCAAAUGGGUAGGAAAGCCGUGGGCUAAAUCGGUUACAGAUCUCAACGGAGAAAUCUUGUCUGUUUCUCAGUUCACAUUAUACGGCAGUAUCAAGAAAGGUACGAAGCCAGACUUCCAUAAGGCUAAAAAAGGAGAACUGGCACAGGUUCUUUAUGAGUCAUUUUUAAAAGAGCUCAGAAACGGACUUGGCCAGGAAAAGGUGAAAGACGGACAAUUCGGUGCCAUGAUGGAAGUCUCUCUGGUCAACGAUGGUCCCGUAACUAUUGUAUGGGACACUAGAGACAAAUGA